CCCCGUGUCACCCGCUGCCGGAACACCCCGGCUCCCUCCCGGACCGCCGGCGGAAUCUCACCCAGCCAGGGAAGGCGCCCGUCCCCCACUUCGCCGCUUUCCGCCGCCAAUCGCCCGGGACAUCCUCCACACCGAGCCCGGACGCCGCCGCAGCCGCCGCCGCGCCAUGGCGAUCGCAAGGCAAGUGCUUUGUCUCUCUGCUUUCCUGGCGCUGCCGCUCGCUCGCGCCGAGCCCAUCCGCUACUCCGUAGCCGAGGAGGCGGAAAGCGGCUCCCUGGUCGGCAAGCUGGCGGAGGACGCGGGGCUGACGCCGCCGCAGCUCUCGGCUCGCCGCGCCCGCCUGCUCUCGGAGGACGGCCGGCAGCAUUUGCGCUUAGACCGCGGCUCCGGCCGCCUCCUCGUGGCGGGGAGGCUCGACCGGGAGGAGCUGUGCGCCCACUCGGCCACCUGCAUGCUCCCCUUCGAGCUGCUGCUCUCCGACCCGCUGCAGUUCUUUCGGGUCGAAGUGACUCUAAACGAUAUCAAUGACCAUUCACCCCUUUUCCAUAAAGAACAAAUCACUUUAAAAAUUCUGGAGACGAGCGAGACAGGCUCUCGUUUCCCACUUGAGAGGGCUCGGGAUCUCGAUAUUGGCAGUAAUAGCAUCCAGGCGUACAGAAUCUCUCCAGAGAAUGAGUACUUUAGUGUCUCCUAUGGCAGUCGGAGUGAGGAUGAUAAAUAUCUUGAACUGGUGUUGGAAAAGGCGCUAGAUAGGGAGGAGCAGGCAGAGAUGAGUUUCAAAGUUAUUGCUGAAGAUGGGGGCUCUCCUCCAAGAAGUGGCACCACCCAAGUGAAAAUUGUCAUUCUAGAUGUAAACGAUAAUGCUCCUGUGUUCACACAGCAGGGGUAUAUUGGAAAGGUGCUGGAGAACAUGCCUGAAGGUUCUGUGAUCCUGACUGUGCUGGCAACCGAUCAGGAUGCGGGAGUCAAUGGGGACAUUUCCUAUGAAAUCACUGAAUUAGUGGGGCAGAGCGACUCACCAUUUGUGAUUGAUCCCAGAACAGGCGAAAUUAAACUCACAAAACCCCUGGAUUUCGAAGAAGCAGUGACUCACGAGUUGAUUGUGAGGGCUACAGAUGGUGGGGGGCUCUCGGCUAUCUGCAAAGUGCUGGUGGAGGUGGUGGAUGUGAAUGACAAUGCCCCAGAGCUGGCGGUCAGUUCCUUCAGCAGUCCCCUCCCCGAGAACACGGUGCCCGGCACCGUGGUUGCCCUGUUUACGGUCAGGGACCGCGAUUCUGGUGCCAACGGGAAGAUCUCGUGCGCCCUGGACGAUCAGCUCUUCUUCUCCCUGCGGCCAGCCUAUAAGAAUUACUACGAGCUGGUGACAGUGAGCGCGCUGGACCGCGAGCGCACGGCUCGCUACGUGCUCGGUGUCACAGCCGCAGAUGCGGGCUCGCCGCCUCUCACGAGCACGCACACCUUCACCGUGGACAUCUCGGACGUCAAUGACAACGCGCCCGUCUUCAACCAGACCUCCUACACCAUGUACGUGCGGGAGAACAACGCGCCCACGGUGUUUGUGGGAGCCGUGAGCGCUGCAGAUGCUGACGUGGGGCUCAAUGCCAAGGUGACCUACUCGCUGGCCCCGGUGCCGGCGGCAGAGCGGCCCUCGUGCUCCUGCAUCUCGGUGAACUCGGAGAACGGACACGUGUUUGUGCUGCGGCCGCUGGACUACGAGCGCUUGCGGCAGAGCGAGGUGACGGUCAGCGCCUCUGACGCGGGCUCUCCUCCCCUGCGAGCCAACGUCACCGUGCGCCUCGUGGUGCUGGACGAGAACGACAACGCGCCGCUCGUGCUCUACCCGGCCCAGGACGGCAGCGCAGCGUCCAGCGAGCUCGUGCCCGUGUCGGCUGAGCCGGGCUACCUCGUCACCAAAGUGGUGGCCGUCGAUGCCGACUCCGGACAGAACUCCUGGCUCUCGUACCACCUGCUCAGGGCCACCGAGCCCGGCCUGUUCAGCGUGGCUGUGCAGAGCGGCGAGGUGCGUCUCAAGAGGCCGGUGACGGAGAGGGACAGCGCCAAGCACAAGCUCCUCGUCCUGGUCAGGGACAACGGCAAGCCCCCGCUGUCAGCCACCGCGGCUCUGAGCGCGCUCCUGCUCAAG